CAGAAUUUCCCUGUUCUCUCUUGUAUGGCUACUUGUUCUUUUUUGGGGUAGAUUUCUUGAUUCAUGUUACCAGUCUCAGCUUCGGGGUUCCUUGAAAGUUAUACUAACAAUUAACAAGCACCUCCAUGGUUCCCCUUUCAUAAUUCUUCGAAGUGUGCAUCUCACUGAAUUCUAUCAUGCCUUGUAUUUUCGUGACGUCUAUCCUGUGUUGUUUGCCGCAUUGUUGGAUAGACCCCGCAAAAAUUAGUAUUCUCUAGUUGUAUUGUACUGUAUUUAUUUAGUCAUAGAUUCAUUCACUUACGCCUGUUAAUGCUCUUAGCACGUGCGCCAUUUAGAAGUAUGAUCAGCGUUCAUGCUUGUAUUUUAUCUAGCCCUUGCUUUGGAAGUCGGGAAGUAAGUAUGUAGCGCAAAGUACCAAUAUUGUGCAAGAUUCAUGACAUGAACAGUGUCAUGAGCAGUGUCAGAAGAAAAAGGAAAUAAGUACAGGAGUCUGAGCAAGUUUCAUGACAUGGCAGUCUGUUGGAAUAUAUAACCGUAUUGUUUUUGUAUAGUUAUACGGUUGUAUAUGUGUAGUCCUUGUAUAGGUGUCCGUAUAUUAUACGAUACGAACUCUGCCUUGUAACCUAUAUAUAUUGAUCAAUACAAGGCACCACAACGUGUGGUUUCCCUAAUCUUACAUGAUAUCAGAGCCUAAAAACCUAACCCUAGCCUGUGCCGCCCUCCUCCUUCCGCUGCCGCCGAAGCCACCACCUCCUCUCUCGCCGCCGCGCCCGCACCGCCGCAUCCAUGUCGCAGCCCGGCACCGACGCGACGAACCAGGCGCUGGCCGCCGCCAAGGAGCGCCAGGACGCCGAGGCCGCCAAGGCCAAGCUGCCUCUCGCGACCGCCGUCGAUGGAUCAGGGACGAGCGCGGGGUCUUUCUCCUUGACCUCGCUGCACGCCCAGGCCGUCGGCCUCCACACCAUCAAAGGCCAUGUUCCUGUCGAGCUCGCGCUCGACACCAGCGUUCACCGGCAGUGGCGCACCUUCUUCCGCGCCGCCUGUCGCAAGUACGCCCUCCUGGAUCACCUCGACUUCGAUGCUCCCGAUGCGCCGAACCCGGAGUGGUCUCUCCUCGACGCCACCGUCGUCUCUUGGCUCUAUGGGUCUGUCUCGCUCAGUAUCCUCGACGCCGUCAUGACGCCCGGCGACGAUCCCCUCGCUGUCGAUCUCUGGAACAGCAUCAAUGGUCUCUUCAACGACCACAAGAUCAAUCGUCAACUCCACCUCACGGCCGAGCUCGGCGAUGUCAAGAUGGGAGAGAUGAGUAUGGCCGACUAUCUUCAGAAGGUCAAGUCCCUCUCCGAUGGGCUUGCGGACCUUGGUGCCCCCGUUGAUGAUGCCGAGAUGGUGGUCCACUGCCUCAACGGCCUCUCCGAGCAAUGCGAGUCCGCCGCCGAUCUGAUCUCCCUCAUGCCCGGUAUGACCCUCGCGCGGUGCCGCUCGUUGCUUGCGCUCCAAGACAUGAAACGCAAAAACCGCCGCGCCCGCAACUCGGACACGGCCCUCUUCACCAACACCGGCAACCCUGGCAAGGCUCCUGGAAAAGGAAAGAAGAAGAAGAAGAAGAAGAAGGCCGCCGCUGGAGUCACCAAGGAGAUCAUCCCGGCGCCCGCGACCCCGCAGGCUGCCACUCCUUCCUGGCCCUCACCGCAGCAUCCCUGGAACGGCGCCAUCCAGAUGUGGCCCUAUGGCCAAGGGGGGCUGCUCGGUCGCGCGCCGCCCAGCUAUGCCCCUGCUCCCAGCUACGCGCCCCGGCACACCCCGUCGCCGCAUGCGUUCUACGCCCAAAACCCGUACGGCCUUGCUCCCUACGGCUACGGCUACGCCUCUGGACAGCCCUCCUACGGUCUCACCGGCACGGCUCCAUCAUCACCGGCAUUAACUUCGGCUUCAUGGGACCAGGCCGCGCUCAUGCAUCAGUUCCAAACCAUGGGGCUGCAAGCACCCUCCAGGGAGUGGGUGAUGGACACCGGCGCCUCCUCCCACUUCGCGUCCGAUCCCGGAUCUUCUAUCCAGGACCGAGAUUCUCAGAUGCAAUAGCUUCGGAGCUCUCUACUCCAUCCGCCCUUCCUCUACCAGCCAGCCACACGCCUUCCUCGUCGUCGAUGCAACACUCUGGCACCGUCGGCUUGGGCAUCCUGGGCGGCCCGUCAUGGAGUCAUUAGCUCGUUCUUCGAUUAUCCCUAGUGAAAAGAAUAAAAGUAGUUUGUGUCAUGCUUGUCAGUUAGGUCGUCAUGUUCGUCUUCCUUUUUCUUCCACCAAUCGUGUAACCACUACUCCCUUUCAAAUAAUUCACUGUGAUUUGUGGACAUCUCCUGUUGAGAGUAUUUCUGGCUUUAAGUAUUAUCUCGUUUGUCUC